AUGGUUGCCAUCGAACCCCCAAAACGAUCGAAAGAUGAGGAUUGGAGGGUAGGGAAAACUAUCAUGCAUAUGUUCGGGACCUUCCAAGACGUUCAUUAAUUCGCCGGUUUGCAGUUUCCACAUGCGAAUAAUUCUUUGAUCACCAACCGAUGCGGCAACAUAAAAUUGUUGAGGAAAAUCGACAACAGGAUGACCACCUUUUGGAGCAUUUGAACUGAUCAAUGAGCCUUGAUAAACUACGGCUGGCCAUUUAGGCUGCCUGUCAUCCCAGAACUCAACUUGACCAUCUCUUCGUCUUAAUAAAACUCCUUUACGAUCAUUGUUCGGUGCCAACAAACAUUGAAGGUGAAAAAUUUCGCUUGUGUUGGAGGCCUCCAUAAAAUCGAUAAGACCUGUUUUCCGUUUUGUAGCCUUAAGUGGAAGAAGACUAAAUAUGUUUCCUUUCGCAAUAUAGAUGGAAACAUUUCGUGA